CGCUGCUACUUCGAAACUCGUUUUUGCGUAGGAUCACCCACACAUUUACAUACACAUACCACUUCUCUCUCAUUUUCAAUCUCUUUAACAACCAUGCCGUUUCACCGAUACGUUGAAUUGGGUCGCGUGGUUUUGAUCAACUACGGACCGGAGGCGGGCAAGCUCGCCACCAUUAUUGAUAUUGUCGACCAGAACAAGUGUCUGAUUGACGGCCCAGAAUCUAUCACGGGAGUCACCCGACAAGUUAUUUCCUACAAACGCCUCGCGCUGACCGACCUGAAGGUCGAUAUUCAGCGAAACGCUCGUCAAAAGAGUCUGCUCAAGGCCUGGACGGAAGCCGACACCAUGAACAAGUGGGAAUCCAGUUCGUGGGCCAAGAAACUGACGGCGCGUAAAACGCGAGCGGGUCUAUCCGACUUUGACCGAUUCAAGGUCAUGGUGGCCAAGAAGCAAAAGACAGCCAUUAUUGCCAAGAAAAUGGCCGAACUUGCGUAAAACCAAUAAACGAUUGUCAACACGAAACCUACAA